UAAAGGUUAAAACCACCGACAGCAGCGCAUACAUUCGCCCAACAAAAUACUCCACCGGUAGUUGGUUGCCGGUAGUCGUGCCCGGUCCAUGACCGCCGUCGCCACUCUUGUCUCGGAUAUCCAACACAUCAAAAAUAAUAAUAAUAAAACAGCCUACAAUCCACGUGUAUUCCAAAGAUUCCACUAAGACGAUUAACCAAGAUGGAAAAAAUGUAUUUCAACGAGACUCAUCUACCUGGUUUUUCUGAAGAUCUUUUGUGGUUAAAUAAUGUGACCAACAUAAACUGACAAGAUACUUUUUAUACUCUGCUUUUCUAUCAAUAAGGAUUUAAAAAAGAUGAUUACGAGACCCUGAUAACAACAACAAUGACUGUUAAUGUGGCUAUGAUUGUUUUCAUUGGGCCUGCUGCUAAUCUUUUUGUCUUCCUUGGUCUAUCGUUUAGCCAAAAAGUAUCCAGUAACUUACUGCUGUUGAAUCUUUGCGUAGCUGACUUUUUAGUUUGCUUAAUAAGUGCACCACUUUCGUUAACAUUAUGGUACUGGCCCGAUAGAUUGUCUCAUUCCAUAAUAGAUGCAAUACGGUAUAUUCCAAUAGCGGCCAGCACUUUAAGUCUGAUGACGCAGUCGGUUGAUCGAUACGCCUCAAUCCAACAUCCGAGACAUAGUCGACUGCACCGGACCAAGCAUAUGGCGUUCCUCGAAUUAGGUGUAGCGGCCACUUGGAUUGUGGCCGUCGCAAUAUCAGUGCCUCGAUUCUACAGGCCUGCGAAUCAGCUUUUGGCCGAUAUAAAGUGGACAAACUACUACGAGGCUACGUAUGUCGCCGUUGUGUUUGUAAUCCCGUGGGCCGUUGUUGCAUUCAGCCAACGGGCCGUAAGCAGAACAUUGUACAUAACGUCAUUGAAAGCGGCCGCUGCCCGCGGUCAGCUUCCACUACCAAUGCCUAUCAUGACCGUAGCGUCCAAACAGGUCAUUCUCGUAGCGUCCAUUCAAAAAAACACAAACGUUCAAUCGAAGACAGUCAGUGAUGGUGCGAAAACUUCUGUGGCGACAGCAGCGCAAGAAACAGAAGCAACGAAAAAGCAGCCGUCGAUGCGCCCAACACCAACGGCCCGCAGUCGGAAGCGGUUGGCCAAGGUGCUGUUGGCACUGGCCGGCGUGUUCAUUGCUUGCUGGCUGCCCUACGCAACAGCGCUCAUUUACUCCAAUUACCGGAGACCCGUCAAACUGGUCACCGUAGCGGCUUUGCUGUUCGGCCACACUCACUCGGUCGUCAACCCGCUGGCUUAUUGGUGGCUAAACCGGCAUACGUUCCAUCCGUGUCCGUGCUGGAAACCCGACGACGACGAUGACGACGGUAACGGCGUUUUCGUCGGAUGCGGACUCGGUUGUGGCGUCGGUGGUGCCGGAGGACAUGGCCACCAUCGCAACGACGCCCGUCAGCCGUACACACCGACACGACUCAAUCGGUUGCUGUUUCGUGCAUCCAACAACCAGCGCAGCCGACAACCGUCAUCCACAAACGAAGCUGCCCUUGGCCCGUUCAAUCCAAGAUUCGCUACUCCCAAGAAACGUCCAGAACAGUUACCCAUCAAAAAUCCUGCUGCGUUGUACUACGCUUAAGAUAUUUUUGUGUUUGUAAAAUGUUAUCAGUUUUGUUUAAAUAAAAAGAUCCCUUUGUGGUUUCAACACGUACCGUGUUGCCUUAUA